ACAAGCAAGGGCCCUGGAAAAGCUGCUUUAGCAUUCCUCGUGUGCACCUAGGUCGCAAGGAUAUUCCCUAGAGUUUUGUCCUGUUAACGUACGGUUCGCUGUUCUACAAAUUUGGGUUUGGAUUAUUUGACCUUGAAGGUAGCUGCCAGCCGGGAGAGAGGAGCCCUACAAGCCGGAGGCACUCUGCAGGUAUGAAAUAUCAAGCCUCAUAAUUUUUCCCUUCUUAUGUAGAAAAUAUGACCUUGAGCAUUUUUUCUGGAAUUAAGCUGAAUACCAUCUCACUUAAAACUAUUAGUAAAAUAAAGAAGCAGAGCUACCUCAAAGACUAAGUGAAAUCUAACACCAACCUUGAGCCUAUGAAAAGAAGUCUGGGAAAGUCAACCUGAUCUACAUGAUUGAGUCAAAUAUGGAAAGAAAACCAGAGAAGGGAGAAGAAAUGGCUGGUUCUAAGCUUGAUGCACAUGAGUCAAUCAAAGCACAUUGAAGAGAACGCUGUUCAUUUCCCAAACUAACUCAGAAGAGUUUGAAAUAGUCUCUUCAAUGCCAAGGAAAAAUGAACUUGCACUAUUACAGUUUUCAGAAACAUGGCUUCGGAUCUACAAAAGACCAUGAAGGAAUCUACCUAUCAUAAUGAAUGGUGAUAAAGACUAAAGAAGAAAACAAAGCAGCCCUAAGAUUUCAAUGCUGGCAGUGACGUAAGACAUACAACUUCAGACAUGCAGGAAACCAGUGAAGAGAUUUAGCCACUGUAAUGAGUUCUGUAUGUCAAGAGCAAUAACAAAAAAUUUAGUAUUUGUUGUCCACUGUUCUUGGAUUUGAUAUGAACUAACAUAUUUUCUUGUCAUUGAUAGAAUACCAGUUUGUGUGUUAUGUUAUUUUAUGUUGAAAAAAGAAAUUUUACUCUUUUUCUAACCGUGAUUCAAUUUCAUAAUACUCAUUUGCAUUUUUGAAGAGGUCUCACUGUGCAGCCCUUGAUGGCCUAUAACACUGUUUUGCAAUGUAGAUCAGGCCAGCCUCCAACUCACAGAGAUCUGCUUACCUCCAAAGUGCUGUAAUUAAAGGUAUCUGCCACAACACCCGACAUUUGUUUGCAUUUUUUUUUCUUUUUUCUUUUUUUCGGAGCUGGGGACCGAACCCAGGGCCUUCCGCUCGCUAGGCAAGCGCUCUUCCGCUGAGCUAAAUCCCCAACCCCUUGUUUGCAUUCUUAACCACUAAGAAUUACUAAUAUGUGUGCACGGACUUCCACAUGCCCAGGAGCCUUCUGUCAAGGCCAUUGCUCUUGUCAGUUUCCUGCCCUCAAACCACUAGCACAAACAUUAAAUAUUAAUUAGCAUUUUACCCAUACAACAAAACCUUUAUUACCAUUUUCAACAGAGGUUCUUUGGCUAUUACUGAAACUUGUUAUUUCUAAACUUAAACUGGGUAAACAACUAUUGUAUAGAGUAAUGCCUUUACUGUCCACCAGAAAUGCAGACUGGAGAUUAGUCACCCAUCAGACAGAGGUCUAGAUACAAGGUUGAUUCUUUCUGGAUGUUGUAAUCAAAAAAGCGUGGCGACCUUUCAACUGCUUGCUUGUUGGUGUGAACCUCUGCUAGUCAUGCGGGGAUGCUCACAUUAUUCUGGAUCUUGGAUUUCACACGCUUGAUGUGGAAGUGUCCUUUCAUAUACCUUGUUCCACAUCCAGGUCUUGCUGCUCACGGUCUUCAAAACGAUUUGCGUGUGACACAUUAGGGACCGUAAUGGAACUGGGACGCUCCACCCAUAUCAAAACAUCUAAGUGCAAAAGCUACUGUGUCUGACAAAACCUUUUGUCCCUCUUAGUGAGUGUUGUAAAUUAUUCCUCAGCAUAAUGCUGAAGGAUGGAAUUUCUUCUGGGACUGAUCCUAGAAAUUUACUCCUAGGUCCAUAAUAGUAGUAUGUUGAGAGUGAAAUUAAAAUUACCUUUUAGCUUUAAGGCUCCAUGUAAACUUUAACCAUAGUUCAACACUUAUGUUAUAGGUUGACAGAAGUAGAUAGUUGGCUGUUUAUAUUUAUCAAAGUCUGUGCUGUUAUAUACUCAAACUGAGCUUCCAUCCAUAAGUGUAAUAAAUCUUUUUGUGUUAAAGUUAGUGAUUGUUUUUAACCAAUACCAAUUUAAAUUAUGCUGAGUACUUAUGAAGGACACUUUACACUGUCAGCAAAUACAUAACUUUAUUGAUUGGUAACUAUUUACUUUUGCAAUCAAUUUGUUCUAUUUAAGGAGCGGUUGUCAUUCAGAGAUGUGGCCAUUGAUUUCUCUGCAGAGGAGUGUGAAUGCCUGGACCCUGCUCAGUGAGAUUUGUACAGUGAUGUGAUGUUAGAGAAUUACAGCAACCUUGUCUCUCUGGGAACAAAGCCCUUUAAAUGUAAAGAAUGUAACAAGGCCUUUGUUCGGAAUUCACUCCUUAUUCAACACCAGAGAGUUCAUACAGGAGAGAAACCCUACGAAUGUGAACAGUGUGGCAAAGCUUUUAGCUGUUCUUCAAGCCUUACCCCACAUCAGAGAAUUCACACUGGAGAGAAACCCUACAAGUGUGAACAAUGUGGUCAGGCCUUUAACUGUUCUUCUCACCUGUAUAAGCAUCAGAGAAUCCACACUGGCGAGAAACCCUACAAAUGCACAGACUGUGGCAAAGCUUUUAACUGGUCUUCAAGCCUUACCCAGCAUCAAAGAAUUCACACUGGAGAGAAGCCCUACAAAUGUGAAGAAUGUGGCUUGUCCUUUAACUGCUCGUCUCACCUGUAUAGGCACCAGAGAAUUCACACAGGUGAAAAACUUUACAAAUGCAAAGAGUGUGGCAAGGCCUUUAACUGUUCUUCAUACCUUAAUUAUCAUCAGAUACUCCAUACCGGAGAGAAACCCUACAAAUGUAGAGACUGUGGCAAAGCCUUUACCAUGGUCUCCUACCUUACUCGCCACCAGAGAAUUCAUACUGGUGAAAAACCCUAUAAAUGUAAAGAAUGUGACAAAGCGUUUAGUAAUUGUUCAGCCCUAAUUCAACACCAAAGAAUUCAUACUGGAGAGAAACCCUACAAAUGCAGAGACUGUGGCAAAGCCUUUAAUAAUAGUUCAAGCCUUACUCAUCACCAAAGAAUUCACACUGGAGAAAAACCUUACAAGUGCAAAGAAUGUGGCAAGGCCUUUAACUCUUCUUCACACCUUAAAUAUCAUCAGAGAAUUCAUACUGGAGAGAAACCCUAUAGAUGUGAGGAAUGUAGCAAAGCCUUUAAUAGUUUUUCAGCCCUUAUUCAACACCAAAGAAUUCAUACUGGAGAGAAACCCUACAAGUGUGAGAAAUGUGGACAGGGCUUUAACUGUUCUUCAAACCUUAAACAGCACCAAAGAAUUCAUACGAGAGAAAGACUCUACAACAGUGAAGAUUCUGGCAAAGCCUUUAAUAAUCAUGACACCCUUCCUCGAUACCAUAGAAUCCAUACAUACUGAAGAAUAUCCCUAUAAUGCAGAGAUGGAGGCAAAGUAUUUAACAGUUCUUUUACACUUCUGCAAUAUCAAAAUUUUAUACAUGAGAAACCCUACAAAUUAAAAUAUGUGUCAUAUCUUUUAUUCAUGCCAUAAUCAAUGACCAGGGAUUUUGUAUUGGUAAGAAACCUUGCAAAUAGAAAUAAUAUUGCAUGGCCUUUAACUGAAGCUUGAUCUUCAUUAACUAUCAGUGAAUUCAUAUUAAACAGAAACUUUAUACAUGUAAUGACUGGGAGGAAUGUACUCUCAUAUUUGUACCUCAGAAAAGCAAAGUAUUUAUACUACAAAACACAUAAAUAAAAAAUAUAAACAAGCCUUUCUGUACACCUCAGAUCUUACUGAAUAUAAGGAAAUUAUUAUGAGACAAAUCCAGUGAAUAUAUGGAAUGGCACAAAAACUUGAGGGCUUGGUUAUAAUUUAAAGGCCAUCAUUAUUUGAUAUAAAGAAAUAUCACAGACUUCAGAAUCUUGCAGAUAACUUAUCUGUACAAAUAUUAAUGUAUUAUAAAAUUGAAUUUACUGUAUAGCCUCACUUUUCAAAACUAAAUGAAGACCAGAUGUCUCAAAUGAUUUUAUCAAAAGAAAAAAGCUGGUUCUCAAGAGUUAUUUACUUCCAGAGGCCAUGUGUUAGAUUUUGAAGUGUAAUUGCUUUAAUAAAUAAAAGUAUUUCUUAAUGUAUUAUCAUUGUUGUAUAUUGGAUGACAUAUAAUUCUAUCACAAAUAAAAGUAUUCCACUUAACUCAA